GGCUUCCGGUGUCAUGGCGGCCUGAGGUCCCGGCAGUCGGAGAGGCGGCUGCAGGCCCCUCCCUGCGGAGCCGCUGGUCCGGCGGGCGGGGAUGUGACCGCGGGCCCUGCCGGCCUGCCCCGGGCGUCGCCUCCGCUCCCGUGCCAGUGCCCUCCGUCCACGGCGAUGGCGGGAUCCGGCUGCGCGUGGGGCGCCGAGCCGCCGCGGUUCCUGGAAGCCUUCGGGCGGCUGUGGCAGGUCCAGAGCCGCCUGGGGAGCGGCUCCUCGGCCUCGGUGUACCGGGUGCGCUGCUGCGGCACUCCCGGCUCGCCCCCCGGCGCCCUCAAGCAGUUCUUGCCGCCGGGGACCACCGGCGCCGCCGCCUCGGCCGCCGAGUACGGGUUCCGCAAAGAGAGGGCGGCGCUGGAGCAGUUGCAGGGUCACCGGAACAUCGUGACUUUGUAUGGAGUCUUUACAAUCCACUUCUCUCCAAAUGUGCCAUCACGCUGUCUGUUGCUUGAACUCCUGGAUGUCAGUGUUUCGGAAUUGCUUUUAUAUUCCAGUCAUCAGGGUUGUUCUAUGUGGAUGAUACAGCAUUGCGCCAGGGAUGUUCUGGAAGCCCUUGCUUUUCUUCAUCAUGAGGGUUAUGUCCAUGCAGACCUCAAACCACGUAACAUAUUGUGGAGUGCAGAGAAUGAAUGUUUUAAACUCAUUGACUUUGGACUGAGCUUCAAAGAAGGCAAUCAGGACGUGAAGUAUAUUCAGACAGACGGGUAUCGGGCUCCAGAAGCAGAACUGCAAAAUUGCUUGGCCCAGGCUGGCCUGCAGAGUGAUACAGAAUGUACCUCAGCUGUUGAUCUUUGGAGCCUAGGAAUCAUUUUACUGGAAAUGUUCUCAGGAAUGAAACUGAAACAUACAGUCAGAUCUCAGGAAUGGAAGGCAAACAGUUCUGCUAUUAUUGAUCACAUAUUUGCCAGUAAAGCAGUGGUGAAUGCCGCAAUUCCAGCCUAUCACCUAAGAGACCUUAUCAAAAGCAUGCUUCAUGAUGAUCCAAGCAGAAGAAUUCCUGCCGAAAUGGCAUUAUGCAGCCCGUUCUUUAGCAUUCCUUUUGCCCCUCAUAUUGAAGAUCUGGUGAUGCUUCCUACUCCAGUGCUAAGACUACUGAAUGUGCUGGAUGACGAUUAUCUUGAGAAUGAAGAGGAAUAUGAAGAUGUUGUAGAAGAUGUAAAAGAGGAGUGUCAAAAAUAUGGACCAGUGGUAUCUCUCCUUGUGCCAAAGGAAAAUCCUGGCAGAGGACAAGUCUUUGUUGAGUAUGCAAAUGCUGGUGAUUCCAAAGCUGCUCAGAAAUUACUGACUGGAAGGAUGUUUGAUGGGAAGUUUGUUGUGGCUACAUUCUACCCGCUGAGUGCCUACAAGAGGGGCUGAAGAGAAUCUAGAGGAACAGCAUCCCAGAUGGUCUGGCGUGUUUGACUGCAGGGAAGCUAAGAAAGAUGUAGCUGUAAUAAGAUGGAAGUAGCAAGGAAGAGAAGCUCCUAAGAAUUCUUAGAAGGAUUCCCAGCAAUCUAAUGUGUACCUGAGCACAGGAUGCUGGUAUGCCUGAGUUCGUGGACAUGGUUGAUCACAUGAUGUUAGGAAUUGUAAUCAUGGAUUCCUCCCAUUUUAUGGUAGAUUGACUUCAAAGGUUUAAAAUAAGAAACCUUUAUAAAGCACUGAUUAUACAAAAAAAAAAAAAAAGAAAAGUUGUAUACAGAUUACAAAUCUUUUUCUUGUUUACUUAUCCAAAUGAAAUUAAAAUUUUUUUUUUUCCUAAGGAAAAAGGCUUUUAUAUCUUUACCUGCUGGAAGCCUCCUCAUAUAGUCUUUCUUUAUGUGUGCCAUGCAGGUUACUGAGAGCUUAGCUGAGAAUUUACAUUUUAAAGGAUGAAUUAUUUUACCCUAUUCAAACAAUUACUAUUUAACAUUUGAAUUAUUUACAGUUACAUUAUUCAGGACUCUUCCGUAAUAUUUAUUAUGAAGCCAAAUUUAGUGUAAGGAGGCUGAUUUAUGAAUUGCCAAAAGGCCUUGUGGCGUGGUCCUAAAGGGGAAAUUUUAGGUGUCUAGAAUGUGCCCUUAGAAGGAAGAAGUGUUACUUUUCAUUUGGGCCCUCUCAGAAACUGAUUAGCUGGUUUGUUUCCAAAUAAAAGUUCAAGAGAGUAUAACCAGUACUGAAGCUUUCCUAGAACAUAAAUGUUAGUAGGGGUAGCAGCUUCCAUGGUGAUUAGAAAAACCAGGUUCUUCCAUAUAUAUUGAUGAACACAGAAUACAUGAAUUCUUUUAAAGGGAGGUAUUCUAGGUUAGCACGUGUACCUUUUCUCAUUUCCCCUCCCACCCCCACGAAGAAGAAACCCUUACAAAUAAACUGCAGGUAGGCUUUCGAGCUUAGUGAUGCAGUAUGCUGCUAGCAUCUUGAUGCUGAAUUUCACAGCUUUCUUUGUCUUCUUGUUGCUGUUGUAUUCAUACCUAUAUGUAGUGUUUAACACUGUAGAAUUUUAUUAUAGAAGAUGCUAACUAGGUUUUGAGGGAGCUAAGGGACUAAUUGAUGAGCCUAAGUAACCAUGCAUUGAAUUAAAUAUUUUAUAUUAAAGCCACAGAAUUGAAAAAAUGCCUCCUGUGAUUUAAAUGGUGACUUUAUAGCUUUUAGCCCAUUACUACCAAAGAUGACAUUUGCAGAUUCUCUUUCCCUCCUCUGAUAUUAUAAGAAGUUUAGUCUUACUGUCUUUCUCAAACUUGAACCAAAUAUUAUCAAAAGAUGCAAUUUUUAUGAUUCUUAUAGGGUGAAAUAUAUAUACAGAAAUUUUGAUUCCUUGAAGUUACUAAAAACCUAGGAACUUUCUUUUUGAGAGGCAGGGUAAAAAUAAAGAGGCAAGGGGUUUUUUCACUUAAACCUUACUCUUUUGGAUAAAUUUUAUCUCAGGUAGUUUUUUUUCCCUCCCUAAGUUAACAUCCAUGCUUCCUUCCCUCUUGCCUUUCCAGUUUCCUAUUAUCCCAUGGUAUUGUCAUGGUACAUUUUUGGCCCAGAAAAAACAUAUAAAUGGAUUAUUCUAUAAGAAAUUUUGAUUCUUUGGAAACAUUGGAGGAGGUGGCUAGCUGGCCACUUUCAAAACUCAAAUGCCCCAUUUUGAGAACAGGUGGAGUUGGACUCCUCAGUAAAAUGUAGCACUAACUCAGAGUAAAACUAUUGGCUGCAUUUUAAAGGACUAAUAAAACAAUUAUCCUCUUGCAAUAAGAGAUUGCACUCACUGCCACUGGAUGUCUUCCUUUAGUUUGUGGCCAUCAGUAUAGCAAUUCUUUGGGGGGAAAUUCCCUCUCUGCUAAUGCCUUGAGCCAAAACUGGCUGCUUUUAGAACAAAACCAUAGAGUUUUACUUGUCCUUUCCUUUGUUUUCAUUGAGGCAAGUAUUGCCUUCUUUUUGGUAUUCCAGCUGCUAAAGCAUGCUGAGAUAUGUUAACCUUUAAAAAAAAAAAUCCUGAAUUCUUAUUUAACUUGCCUUCUAGAGUCAUGUUACUUCUACUUCUAUUUUAAUCUCCAAGCACAUUUGUAAUAAGGAAUGCUGCCAGAAACAGUGCUGCCAUGUAGACGAAGUUGAAGAGAAACUGGGCAUAAGGCAUGUUUCUAUUCUAUUUCGCUGGGCUUUCACCCUGCCGAGGGCAUCAGUUAUCCUUCGGGAUAAACCCGAGUCCAGUUUGAGCGCUCACAUGCUGUUUCCCGGCUCCUUUGCACUUAUUCAUUAGAUGCAGGUAACAUUUUGUCUUCAUUUUCUUCUUAGGUCUUGCAUUCUGACUUGAUAAUUUCUGCCAUUAGUUUUACUCAGCACAUGACAUUUUAGUUUUUGUAAUUUAAUGAAAAUAAGCACCAUCUAACUGAUGGUGAUUACAAUAACAUAGUUACUGGGUGAGGCUGUGGGCGAGACACUCAGUAACUGUGUUUUACCUAGAAUUUUAUGCAAGGGUACAUGCUAGGUGGCGUUAUUCAGAUUAGGGUACAGAUGGAAUCUCAUCAUGACUAAAUUUUAGUCUAGGGGAUGUGGAGACAGUCAAAGAUUUAAGCAAGUGCCUUGUGUUUCCUCAAAAUACUAAAACUCAUUUGGGUGAAAGCUCCCAGAUGAUGAUAAUUUAUUGCACCUCUGCCUUUUUCCUUGGAAUAACUUUUGGAUUGAGUCACAUGUAUAAAAGUCCAAAAUUUCCUUCAUUUAUCUUUAUUUUGUAUAUGUAAAACUCUUCAUAUUUGAUUUUCCCCCCCCAGUACUACAUAUGAUGGAAAGCCAGACUUAUUUGGCGGAAUCAAUUCUUCCUGGAAUCUAGUUCCAUUUUUAAUACUAGAUUCCUUCUUCAAAUUUUACUACUCUGGCUCUCUGCUACAAUUUAUUUUUAUUUAUUUCCUAGCAAAUAUGGUCAUAUACAAACCAGCUUUUGGUCGUCAUUAGCUCAAGAGAAUUUUCCAUUUCUUCUUAAGGUGCUCAAUAAAUCACCUUUACUUGAGAUGGUGUGGUCUUUCCAAGUUAGUAUUACUAGUAAGCUUUUUCAGUGAAUAUAAAGAUGUUGAAUCUCUAUCAUGUGGAACUCCUCUGAACCUCUUGUGGGAUAUUUGGAUAAGUUACAUUUUCUUCGUUACAGAGGGAUGUGCAUAUUUCAGUUUUUAAAGUCCCUAGAAAUCUAAAGAAUUUGUUUUGUUUUGUUUUGUUUAAGGGUAGCUGCUUCUCUGCCUGAUGUCAUAGGAUUUUGUGCUUUGUUAUCCUAGUCACCUCUCCCACCUCAGUGUUUGUCAGUUUUUUAAAUUGUAUGAUGACCAGUAGGUAGACACAGUGGCAUGUAAUCCACAAGGCUGUGAAUAUUUAAGAAGGAGGUAAACAAUUUUAACUAUUUUUGCUGCAAUUUUAUAGGAGAAAUGGGCUAUAAAUGAAAUAUCUAUAAACCAGAGAGCAUUUAGGAAAUUGUAUAUUUUAUAGGUGGUAAUUAAGGUGAUGUUCAGAAUAUAAGAUAUAAAGUUUAUACAACCUUUGUUUUCCUGAUAAAAAGUUUUUAUUCAUCUUCCUACAGCUCAGCACUUUUGUUGUUCCUUAUAUUGUUUAUGAGGAUUGAUGUUUUAAAUUUGCUCUAUUUGCUUUUCAGAGGGCGGUCAUAAUCAUGCGGUUAUGUUUAUAUCACAAUAAAUGCUGGAAUUCACGGGAAAUUUAUCAGAUGAUUGCCUGAGUGUUAUUUCCCAUUAAAGAGAGUAGCUUCCACAGUGUCCUAAAGGAAACUCAUCUAUGUUUUAUGACCUAAGUUCAUAGUAUUUUAAUUUAGAGGCAAAGAGAAGUCUUCUAUCUUUCUUGCCUUAACCAACCAUUAAUCCUUGUGGUACAGUAAAGAGUUUAUUUUGUUAGACUCUUGAUUGUCAGCAAGAGAAUUACAUGUAGUUACACCCGCCCCCUGGUCCCCGCGCCGGUUGCAAUUCCCCUCCCCUUCUAGGCUAUCUUCUUACUGGUAUUCACCAUGUCAGGAGUACAUGGAAAGCAGACAAGGUGAGGUGUUCUAAAUCAUGCAUACAAUUUGGUUAUCUGAAUUAUGGAUGGCUGUAUUAUUUUGUUAGCAUGGGUUGUCAGAUAUCUGCCAAACUUAAUAGUAAAGAAGAGAAAGAAAAGUAAUAAAAUAGAGAGGUGAGGGGAGGAAAAUAGCUUUCUUACUGGCAUUAGUGACCUUCCAUCUGGUUUAUGAUCAAAAAGUGGUAGUUUAUUUGCAAAAAUCCUGAUGUGGUACUUAUAGUGUAGAACAUUGCCUUUCCUACACAUUCCUCAUCAUUGUUUCCCCAGAAAAUUAUUUUACAAGUUUAUGAAACCAGAUUAAAUAUCCAUAUUCAGUUUGACCUAAUUUUUAAAAAUAAAUAUUUAAACUCCAGUUUUGUGCAUUUGGUGUGCAUCAACACACUUAUGCAAAUCAAGGAUCAGAAAGAAACUGGAGAUUUGCCAUCCCCGGGUUUCCCUUUGCACAUCGAGUACAGUGGGUAUUAGUGUGCACUAGCUGCAGAGUUAUAGCACCUUACAGAAGUAAGUAGUGUUUAUUUAUUAUAGUUUAAAAAGUUAAGCUGCAUCUCUGUGAAAUAUUUCCUUUGCAGAGUGUAAAGCUGUCAUGUCUUUUCCAGCAGGAUUUACUCCUUCAUUUUUAAUUCUUUGUUGAGAAAAUCUUAAAUGAUUUAACAUUCCUUUAUAUCCUCUUAACAGUGUCAAAUCUGGGGUAGAAGGGAUAUUUUUUCCCACAAGGGCUCCAUCUUUGUUACCUUUUUGAUCACUCUUAGAAAUCCAAUUAUGAUCAAUAGAUUUUAACAGGUCAUGGCUUCCUAUAUUAGCACUGGAGAGGUUGGUUGUGAAGAUUGAAAUCUACUAUUCUUUUCCCUCAGUAACAUGUAAUUGCUAUGUUUUUGAUAAGAAGGUAUGGUUAGAAAAAAUGUGAAAUAUCCCUCAAACCAAAGCCAGUUAUAAGGAGUAAUUCUCUCCUGUUGGUUUACCUUCACCUCAGAACUACAAGAAUAUUACAGUACACAUUGAAUAGUCUGUGACAUUUCUACCAGUUGUUUCAAUAGCCUAUUGGUCUUGGCAUUUCUUGGCACUAUGGUUCUCUGUUCUUGGUGAUGUCUUAUUGUUUGUGAGUUUUUGUUGUUUUUUUAAAGUAACUCAAUGGGACUAUAAAUGUAGAUGUGUAUCAAUAUCAAGAAGUUCUUUUCUGAAAUCCCUAAAUUCCUGAUUCCUAUUCAAGUCUUUGAAACUUGUUUUCUCUUGCUAAGUAGCAAAGAACUUUUAUUUUUCACUUUCCUAUAUACCUAAAAAGUAUGGACACUGCGUUUCAAUGGACUGUAUUGCGUGUAGUUUUUUGCUGAAAACUUUUUCUGUAAACACAAUUGCCUUGUUCAGUUUUGUUGUAAACUGACUUAAACCAUAAGAUGCACUGUUGAUAUGCUUUCUGAUGUGUGUUUCUUAAGGGUGAUAAAAUAAAGCUUAAAAAUAAAGGA